UCCAGCAUGGCACAAGCUUAUAGGAAAAGGGCUGCUUCUCGGAGGCGUCUUAUUUACCAAAGCUAUAACUUGUGCUUAAAUCUGUUGCGUACUUGAAUAAACAUUUAGGCAAUUGUAGGAGAUGCAGACUCAUCUACAGCACGUUAAAAAGACUUUAAUAUAACUCGAGUGUUCAUGUAGUAUGCGACGGCCAAAGAAUAGCAUGCGGGAGAGGGAGUGCAGUAUGCCAUGCUGCCGGCAGCCCGAGUGCCUUGCUCAUUGUGGUCAAGUGAACAAUUCUGCAACUGAAGGUACAGCAGGCAGGCUUGCCGCAAAAGCCCGACCAUUGCGGCGGAAUCCGAAAGGACCUAAACACACCAUCCGUAAGCCUGGGUCUCACGCAACUGGUAAUCGAGGCAAACCCGGCCGAGGAGGCCCGAAGAAACCUGGCCCGAAGAAACCGGGUAAAACUGGGCGAGGGCCCCGGAAGAAGGAAACUAAGCUAAAACCGCACGGGAGUGGUUCACAGAAUUCAGGUAAUGAACAUAUACACGACCACAUUCCGAUGGGGGGACCCGGAGAAUAUGGAGGAUACGGUGGCAUGGGUGGUGGAUACGGAAUGAUGGAUCCGAUGAUGGGAGGAAUGGGAGGCAUGGGUGCAUCGAUGCUAAUACAGCAAGUGGGAACCACGUUAGGUGAAACGGCGAAAACCAUAGCGACUACAGUUGUGGAGAGCAAACGUGAAAGUACGAGCUCUGACGCGGGCGAUGAUGGCGGUGCAAGCGGAUCGGAUUCAGACAAGGAAAACAAAGGUGAUAAUGAGAAUUCCAAUGACGAGAAGACUAAAGAGGGAGAGAAACCACGUGAUAAUGAGAAUUCCAAUGACGAGAAGACUAAAGAGGGAGAGAAACCACGUGAUAAUGAGAAUUCCAAUGACGAGAAGACUAAAGAGGGAGAGAAACCACGCACUUGAGAAGCAGGCAUCGAAAGGACCUUGAAUUUGUUCUUUUCUUGCAGUUGCAAAGAUGUUAACAUUGCCUACGUUUCCACAGAGUAGGUGUGAAUACGCCUGGAAAAGAAGAGUAUUAUAUGCUGCCUAAAUAAAUGUC